CCCUGUCGGCCAGCCUGCCUCCCGCUCAUCCUGUAGGCCGGUAAACAAGCGGCAAAUGUAAUUACAUACGUACACGAUAAGAUCCCCUCCUCCCGUCCCGCCAAAAAUAUUUCCACGCAUCCGACGCGCGAUUCUCCGUACAGAUUCAUCAUGAUCUUAAUCAACAGCCAUGAUCACGUCCUUCUCUCGAUCCUACGGUCGGUAUGAUCAGGUGUUUGUCGUAAAUUCACGAAACAUGGAACCGACGUGGAAGAUAGAGAGAGAGGAUUUGGAGCUUUUUGGAGAAGACCGACGCUGUGCUGGAAGAAGAAGCCGUGAUCCUGAUGGCUGAAUCAUAGCCGUCGGAUCUUCUCCAUGUCCUCUGAUGAUCGUCAGCUCUUCUUCUCCUUCUUCUCUCUCCGUGCAUCUCGCUGAUCUCGCCGUCGGAGAUUUUUGAUUUCGGAGACCGCCGGUUUUCGGUUUGCUGAAUCGAUUUUAUAGAGUAAUGUUAGCAUAGUUUAUGAGUGAUUCGCGGCCAUUUGUCUCUCUCGUUCAAUUGGUGUCAUCGAUUUUGACACCUGCUGAGAGAGUUGAGGAUUUGCACCCUGAUAUCGUAUCAACCGCGCGAUUCAGUAAGGAUUUUCAUCCUUAUUUGAUGGCUACAAAGUUGGAGAGUCCUGUUAAGGCCCAGAUGGCUGUGACACUGCUGAAUGGCGACUGCCUUGAGAGGGCGAGAGGCAGUCUUGCUCGGAGGAGGCGUGUCUUUGUGCAGACUGAGACUGGGUGUGUUUUGGGAAUGGAGUUGGAAAGGGGUGACAAUGCCCACACGGUUAAAAGGAGGUUGCAGCUUGCCCUCAAUGUACCUACGGACCAGAGCUCUUUGACCUUUGGGGAUCGUAUAUUGAACAAUGAUCUUAGUGCCAUUGGCAAUCGUUCAACGCUACUACUUGCUAGGAAUGUCAUGAACAGAAGCUCGUCAACUCCUUGUCUGUCACCUACUGGGCAAAAUCUGCAGAGGGAUCAGAGUGAGUCUAUUGAGGUUUUGGGGUGUCCAAAUAAUUUUGCGAGAAUUGAUGAACUGGUUAAGGAGAUUGUGGUUGCUAUCAAGAAGGGUGUUGAUCCGAUCCCCGUGCAUAGUGGGCUUGGUGGUGCCUACUACUUCAGGAACAUCAUGGGCGAGAGUGUUGCCAUCGUGAAGCCAACAGAUGAGGAGCCAUUUGCACCGAACAACCCUAAAGGCUUUGUAGGCAAGGCACUCGGGCAGCCUGGCCUGAAGCGUUCAGUGCGAGUUGGGGAAACGGGGUUUCGAGAAGUUGCUGCCUACCUUCUGGAUUAUGAUCACUUUGCUAAUGUGCCUCCAACUGUUCUUGUGAAGGCUGCACAUCAAAUCUUCAAUGUUAAUUAUGGCGUCAAUGGAGAUAAGAUUCAGAAGAAGAAAAGGGUUAGCAAGAUUGCGUCUCUGCAGGUCUUCAUCCCUCAUGACUUUGAUGCCAGUGACUACGGAACUUCAAGCUUUCCCGUAUCAGCCGUUCAUAGAAUAGGCAUUUUAGACAUUAGGAUCUUUAACACUGACAGGCAUGCUGGGAACCUUCUGGUUAAAAAGCUUGAUGGGGAGUUUGGUAAAGUGGAGCUCAUUCCAAUUGACCACGGACUUUGCUUGCCGGAGCACUUGGAAGAUCCAUAUUUUGAGUGGAUUCAUUGGCCUCAGGCAUCAAUUCCUUUCUCUGAGGAUGAGCUUGAGUAUAUACGUAAUCUUAAUCCAAUUUGUGACUCCGAGAUGCUGAAAAUGGAGCUGCCCAUGAUCCGAGAGGCAUGCCUUAGAGUUCUGGUCCUGUGCACAAUAUUUCUCAAGGAAGCUGCUGCUUUUGGACUCUGCCUUGCUGAGAUUGGUGAGAUGAUGAGUAGGGAGUUUGGAGGACAAGAGGAGAAACCAAGCAAACUUGAAGCUGUAUGCCUCGAGGCCAGGAAGAUCAUAGCAGAUUUGAACUUGUCAACCUUUGAGGCGGAAGAAGGAAAUGAAGAGUUUCUGUUUGAUAUAGAUUGUGAGAAUGCUGGGAUUCUUGAUCCUUCAGACGUUAUGUCACGUCACUUCUUUGAUCAGGUUUCAUAUCCUUUUGGGUCUAGAGGCGCUGAUGGUCGAAACUUGCUGUCCAAGCUAGAUGAGUGUUUGGAAGAGGAUGAAGUUGGGGCAGACGGAAUCACUAUCCAGCCAAAUUUGUAUCAAACUGCUUCAAAAUUGCCCCUUCCUCCGAAAAGAAUAGAUGUGGAUGGGAGAAGCCGGCUCCAGCGAGCUGCAACCAUAUCCGGAAUCAGAAGAAGUGCAAAUGAUCAGUUACCAACCUCACCAUGCUUCGUGAAGGUUGCUGACAUGAGUGAGGAGGAAUGGAUUCUGUUCCUUGAAAAGUUCAGGGAGCUUCUUUACCCCGCCUUUGGCAACCAAAGGUCUGCAACCCUCAGACAGAGACAGAGACUUGGAACAUCUUGCAGAUUUUAACCUAAUUCGACUACUAGUUUGACAUAGAAGCGCGGAACCGCAGAGUACAAGCAGCCAUCAGUUUUUGUUGGGGGAUUUGGGGAUUCUCUAAUUUCUGCAGCAACCAAGAACAUCGUCAUCAGCGGUAUAAGCAGUCUUCAGUACAGUUAUGUAGAUAGUUUUAGAAUCAAGAGGGAUCCGGGAUCAGCUCGAGUGCAGGAAUAAAGAUCACAAAUCGGUCUUCUUCGUUUUCUGUUUCAUGCUUGUAGUUUCCUUUCAGUUGUAGAAAACUAGAGAAAGUACAGAUAGAAAUGGGAAAAAGCAAAUACAGUAUGGUUUUUAUAUAUAUAUAUUGCUAGUAGUUUCUUUAAAUUGA